GAUGGGCGGUUCUAUUUUUUCCUCAUCUGGAAAGCUUGACAGUCGUUUUGUUUUGCAAACAGCGCGCUCUCUUUUUCAAACCUCAGGAUGCCCAGCCAAGCCGAGUAGGAUAACGUGAAAAGGCAUCAAUGCCUUUGCUCGCAGCUCCAAGGCGUGCGCCAUGUCGUCUAACCACACUCGUACUCCGAUUCAACCACAUACAGGCGAGUCUUCCAGACCGCUUGUCGACAGAUGACUGGUCCUCUCUCCCAGCUGAAUAUCUCAUGUCAAAGAACAACUCCAUGGAUUACCUGUUGGUCUCGAUAAUUGUAACAAGUUCUUUUUUACAACGCCGUCGCCAUCCUUCAUUCGAGGAAGAAGCCCACAUGGGCCCUGUGACUUCUCCUCGCGUAUCGUCCAACCAUCAUCUCUUGCGCUCGUCUCACGAAAUGUAUCCUUUGCCGCUUUCGCUGCUCAAGAGACUGGCGCUGCGCCGCGAGUCCAAAAAGAGGUCUUCGCACUCGGCCACGUCCUGGACGUCGAUUUGACUGCGGCCGUUUGCCUUGGAAAGAAUGCUUUCAUUGGGGUUAGCUCACAUGUCUCACACUAGCCGGUCGAUCCAUGAUCCACAACA